ACAGAAAAAAUGCAAACCCAGCUGAGGACGAGGAUCUGAGCCAAUAAUAUUCGAGGGAGAUACUUAUGCUUGCCAUCGCUUUCUGUCUGUUCCAAUUCCUUCUUUAAUAUACGGUAUCAAAAUUAAGCUUUCUAGCUAUCCAAGUACAUAAAUCAGUUUGAUUCACUUCUCUGCAUUUCCUGGUGGCCAAGAUAUUUGAUCUUUCAAGUCAGCAUCCAGUCAACUUUUGCUUCCAACUUCCAAAAGGCUUUCUCGGCAACGUCCUCAGUUGCCAGUUGGUUUCUUGAUAAGAGAUAGAUACUGUCAUCUGUUUUGAAGAUUAGUCUACAUUGUUCUAUCUGAAGGUUCUGCCAAGUAGCUAACCAGAAAAUAGAGGAAGAAGAUUCUGCUGUUAAGGUUUGCUUUGUUAAAACAAGGAAGAAUUCGAUCAGACGCUUAUAAGUUGGACAUAGAUCUCAAUCUUCUUGGCCAUAGUUCUCGAUCAGCGUCAUUUUCUGGAGAUAUUAUACAGCUACGGAUCAAUUGAAGAGAAACAACGCGGCUGUUCUCGAUCCAUUAAUUUCUGCUCAAUUUCCUGGUUACUGAAGGAUGAGUCAUUCAACGGGCUCGCCGAACCAGAUAAACUAUGAUGUGGAAGCCGGAAGCAACCGUUCCGGCGACGACGAGCAGUCGUCGAAUGUUUUUGAUAUUACCAGAACUAAGCAUGCUUCCGUCGAGCGUCUCCGCCGUUGGAGGCAAGCGGCACUUGUGCUAAAUGCUUCUCGUCGAUUCCGGUAUACCUUAGACUUGAAAAAGGAGGAAGAAAAAAAUCAGACGUUAAGGAAGAUUAGAGCACAUGCACAAGCCAUACGAGCUGCAUUUCUUUUUAAGGAAUCCGUAACACAGGAAAAUGGAAUUGUGCCACCAAAACCAAGUUGUGCUGGUGAAUUUCCAAUUGGACAAGAAGAACUAGCUUCAAUUUCAAGGGAUCAUAAUUUUACUACUCUGCAGCAAUAUGGGGGGGCAAGUCUACCAAGGAACUUCUUUUGUUAUCUGACUUUGUAUAUUAAUGAGUUUUCUUAUUCUUUUGUUGUUUCUUUACAUCAGGUCAAAGGCCUCGGAGAAUUAUUGAAAACAAGUUUAGAAAAGGGAAUUUCUGGAAGUGAUGAUGAUUUACUAAAACGAAAAACUGCAUAUGGAUCCAACACAUAUCCCCGGAAAAAACCAAGGAGUUUCUGGAGAUUUCUCUGGGAAGCUUGCCAAGAUCUUACUCUUAUCAUUUUGAUGGUAGCUGCUGUGGCUUCUUUAGCGCUGGGUAUAAAAACAGAGGGUAUAAAGGAGGGAUGGUAUGAUGGGGGCAGCAUUGCUUUUGCAGUUCUCCUAGUCAUUGUUGUGACAGCCAUUAGUGACUACAAACAAUCUCUGCAGUUCCAGAAUCUAAAUGAGGAAAAGAGAAAUAUACAAAUUGAGGUUAUCAGAGGUGGUAGACGUGUUGAGGUUUCAAUUUAUGAUCUUGUUGUAGGUGAUGUUAUACCCCUUAACAUUGGUGAUCAGGUUCCUGCUGAUGGGGUUUUAAUCACUGGUCAUUCACUUUCAAUUGAUGAGUCUAGCAUGACUGGCGAGUCCAAGAUUGUUCGCAAGGACUCCAAAGAACCAUUUCUAAUGUCCGGCUGCAAAGUAGCAGAUGGAAAUGGUAUAAUGCUGGUAACCAGUGUUGGGAUUAAUACUGAAUGGGGAUUACUCAUGGCUAGCAUCUCGGAAGACACUGGUGAAGAAACACCCUUGCAGGUGCGCUUGAAUGGGGUUGCUACCUUCAUUGGUGUUGUGGGACUCACAGUAGCUCUCCUCGUCUUAUGUGUCCUUUUGGUCAGAUACUUUACUGGCCAUACAACAAAUGCAGAUGGAACUUCUCAGUUUGUUGCCGGAAAGACAAAAUUUGGGAAAGCCAUAGAUGGAGCCAUCAAAAUUGUCACUAUUGCAGUCACCAUUGUAGUAGUUGCUGUUCCUGAAGGCCUCCCCUUAGCUGUUACCUUAACACUUGCUUACUCGAUGAGAAAAAUGAUGGCAGAUAAGGCCUUGGUACGUAGGCUUUCUGCAUGUGAAACAAUGGGCUCGGCCACUACUAUAUGCAGUGAUAAGACUGGUACCUUAACUUUGAACCAGAUGACUGUGGUCGAGUCUUGUGCAUGUUUGAAGAAAGUCAAUGACUCUGAUGGCAAGCCAGACUUGUCACCAAAGAUAUCGUCUUUGAUUAUUGAAGGCAUAGCUCAGAAUACAACUGGCAAUGUUUAUGUGCCUGAGACUGGUGGUGAUGUAGAGGUUACUGGAUCACCAACGGAGAAGGCAAUUCUGCAGUGGGCACUCAAGCUUGGGAUGAAUUUUGAAGCCACCAGGUCUCAAUCUUCAAUUCUUCAUGUGUUCCCAUUCAACUCCGAGAAAAAACGAGGCGGUGUAGCAGUUAAAUUGCCAAACAAUGAAGUUCAUAUACACUGGAAAGGGGCUGCUGAAAUAAUCUUGGCCUCAUGCACAAGAUAUAUUGAGGACAAUGAUCAGGUGGUAGCAAUGGACGACAACAAGCUUAUGCUUUUCAGGAAAUCUAUUGAGGAUAUGGCUGUUGGUAGUUUGCGUUGUGUUGCUAUAGCAUAUUUACCAUAUGAAUUGGAAAAUGUUCCAACUGGUGAACAACAAUUAGCUGAUUGGGCCAUGCCUGCAGAUGACCUUGUUUUACUUGCUAUUGUUGGUAUAAAGGAUCCUUGUCGACCAGGAGUCGCAGAUGCAGUGAGACUAUGCCAAAAUGCUGGCGUUAAGGUACGCAUGGUUACUGGAGACAAUGUUCAGACUGCAAAGGCAAUAGCAUUGGAAUGUGGUAUACUGCGUGCUGAUUCAGAUCUUAGUGAGCUUCUAAUUGAAGGGAAAGACUUCCGUGAGCUUUCUGAUAGGCGCAGAGAAGAGGUUGCUGAGAAAAUCUCGGUAAUGGGACGAUCCUCUCCUAAUGAUAAGCUUCUGCUUGUGCAAGCGCUAAGGAGAAGGGGACAUGUUGUUGCUGUUACUGGAGAUGGCACUAAUGAUGCUCCUGCACUACAUGAGGCCGACAUUGGUCUUGCUAUGGGUAUUCAAGGUACUGAGGUUGCCAAAGAGAGUUCUGAUAUCAUUAUCUUGGAUGACAAUUUUGCUUCAGUUGUGAAGGUUGUCAGAUGGGGACGUUCUGUAUAUGCAAAUAUUCAGAAAUUCAUCCAAUUCCAACUCACUGUCAAUGUUGCCGCACUUGUUAUCAAUGUUGUGGCAGCGAUUUCCUCUGGUGCAGUACCACUAAAUGCUGUUCAGCUUCUGUGGGUGAAUCUUAUAAUGGAUACUCUUGGAGCACUAGCAUUGGCUACUGAGCCUCCUACGAAUCAUCUGAUGGACAGACAACCUGUUGGUCGAAGGGAACCGCUGAUAACUAAUAUAAUGUGGAGGAACUUAUUGAUUCAGGCUAUCUACCAAAUUACUGUCCUUCUUAUCUUUAAUUUCCGAGGGAAAAGUAUUCUCAAUCUGGAACAUGAUUCUACUGACCAUGCAGACAAAGUGAAGAACACACUGAUAUUCAAUACAUUUGUCCUUUGUCAAAUUUUCAAUGAAUUCAAUGCCAGGAAGCCAGAUGAAUUCAACAUAUUCAAAGGAAUUACCAAAAAUUAUCUCUUUAUGGGAAUAAUCGCAGUGACACUUGUACUUCAGAUUCUCAUUGUCGAGUUUCUGGGGAAGUUUACUACAACAGUCCGGCUUAACUGGAAGCAUUGGUUGAUUUCUGUUGUCAUCGCAUUUAUCAGUUGGCCUCUUGCUGUUGUUGGGAAGUUUAUUCCAGUACCUGAAACUCCUUUCCACAAGUAUUUCACUAGGAGUCCUCCCUUUAAGUUUAUCACCCGAAUAUUCCAUUGGCGAAGAGAGAGAGCAGAGGGUAGUCAGUAGGAAGUGUGGAGUACUAAGCAUCACGGUUUUUGUGGAUUUCCAUUUUGUUUUUGGCUAACAUGGCGAAGCAUUUUUUUCACGGAACGUCAAAUCUUCUGUUGAGUAGGUGAUUAUAUUUGAUGAGAGAGAAGAAAGAGGCCGGUGACAAACCUUUCACUACCAGGAUGUUAGCAGAGCAUGGAAGUGGAACAAGUUUUACCUGAUGAUGAAUUUAGAGUGCGUGGUGCUCUGAAGCGGCGGUGCUGACUGCAUCUUGACGGCGCUGGCCAGGAGCGGAACAUGGACACGACAAUGGAGGGAGGCACUUAUGAUGACGUCCUGGAGGAAAACGACCUACAUUUUGGUUUGUUGAUGAAAGCGAGCACGGUUGAACUGGAUGAGACCGGCAGUUAUCAUCAAAAUCAGUUUUCAUCCGCAGACCGUAGAGCUGAGAUCCUAUCUCCUGUGUUGGAGGACGCGGGCUAUGACACGUCAACUCCGCAGUUUGCAUCUCCAAUGGAUCCUGGGAGAAAAGCAGAAAUUACGGCAGUGUAUAAAAAGAGAGGUAAUGGGCCUGCAAGAGGAAAACAAACCUGGGCCUGAGUCUGUACUUUCGGAUGCUCCCAAAACAGGAAAGCAUACUGCCUUGAGAGAUUCUGUUGUCCAUAAGCAGUCUAUUCAGCAAGGAAGUCUGGAAUCACGUACUUCUAUGACAAUUAGCAAUCAACAAGCCGCCUGGGCCACUGAUGUUGUUUCCAAGAAAAUGUGAAGAGAGGUUUUUUGGUUGGCAAGCAUUCUGGAGGGUGGUGUUUCAUUCUGCAAAGAAGAGUUCUUAAUGUGCUUCAAAUCGUUCCACCGUGAUGGGUCCGGUUUCAUUUCAUCACGAGAAAUGAAUGUAUUAUGUUGGAACUGCCAUAUUGGGAAUUCUUGGACAAUUAAUUCUCUUAAAGGGCUGGUUUCCCUAAAUAGUCCCAUUGUUAUUUUUCUUUGUGAAACUAGGGGGAUGUUUGGUAUGAAGGACUGGACGGGAUUGGCAACAAUCGGGACUGUGUUAAAUGAGACUCUGCAGUCCCUAAAACACAGCUGAGAGCUUUUACGAGAGUGACGCCAAAACUCAUGGGAUUGUGGAAGCCUAUUAUCGUUGGUUCUGCUUUUCGCCUCAGAAUUACUCCUGCCAUUCUUUUGCUUCAGCCUCCUUCAACAGCUCUUAUUCGAGUUCAAUUUCAUGAUCUCUCUUUGCAAUGAUUAUUUUUCACUCUCUCCUUGAACCCCUCUACCUUCUUCUUUCUCUAUCUAAUGUAUUAUAGAUGAUUUGUUUAUGGGUUGUAAUUAUUUUAAAGGUUUGGUGUCUGGGUAGCUUGGCCUGGUAAGAAUUGUAUCAAUUUCACAUUUUCUUUCUUUGUUUUUUUUUUUCCUGGUUUAAGGAUUGGUUUUUGUUGAA